AUGGCGGGACCUGGGGGCUGGAGAGACAAGGAAGUCACAGAUCUGGGCCACUUGCCGGAUCCAACUGGAAUAUUCUCACUAGAUAAGACCAUUGGCUUUGGUACUUUUGGAAAAAUCUAUUUGGGACUCCAUGAAAAGACUGGUACAUUUACAGCUGUUAAAGUGAUGAAUGCUCGUAAGACCCCCUUACCUGAAAUAGGAAGACGGGUGAGAGUCAAUAAAUACCAGCGGUCUGUUGGCUGGAGAUACAGUGAUGAAGAAGAGGAUCUCAGGACUGAACUGAACUUUCUGAGGAAGUACUCUUUCCACAAAAACAUUGUGUCUUUCUAUGGUGCAUUUUUCAAGCUGAGUCCCCCUGGAUACAGGCACCAACUUUGGAUGGUGAUGGAGUUAUGUGCAGCAGGCUCAGUCACUGAUGUGGUGAGAAUGACUAGAAAUCAGAGUUUAAAAGAAAACUGGAUUGCUUAUAUCUGCCGGGAAAUCCUUCAGGGUUUAGCUCACCUUCAUGCACACCGAGUAAUUCAUCGGGAUAUCAAAGGUCAGAAUGUGCUACUGACUCGUAAUGCUGAAGUAAAACUGGUGGAUUUUGGAGUGAGUGCCCAGGUGAGCAAAGCUACUGGAAGGAGAAACAGCUUCAUUGGGACACCAUACUGGAUGGCACCAGAGGUGAUUAACUGUGAUGAGGACCCAAGAAACUCCUAUGAUUACAGAAGUGAUGUGUGGUCUGUGGGAAUUACUGCUAUUGAAAUGGCUGAAGGGGCUCCACCUCUGUGUAAGCUUCAGCCCUUGGAAGCCCUCUUCGUUAUUUUACGGGAAUCUGCUCCUACAGUCAAAUCCAGUGGAUGGUCCAGAAAGUUCCACGAUUUCAUGGAAAAGUGCAUGAUAAAGAACUUUCUGUUUCGCCCUACUUCUGCAAACUUGCUUCAACACCCAUUUGUUAAGGACAUAAAAAAUGAACGACAUGUUGUUGAGUCAUUAACAAAACAUCUUAAAGGAAUCAUUAAAAAAAGACAGAAAAAAGAUACACCUCUGGUUUUUAAAAGAGAAGAAGCAAUUAAGGAGCAGCAUGCCAUGAGAAGAUUCAGAGGACCCUCUUCCACUCAUGAGAUUCUGAGAUUGCCAACAAGCAGCAGAUGCAGACCACUUAGAGUGCUGCACGGAGAACCCUCUCAGCCAAGGUGGUUGCCUGAUGGAGAAGAGCCGCAGAUCCAGGCACUUCAGCACCUCCAUGGAGCAGCUAGGGUGUCCAUGCCACUACAGGCUCAGGAGAACGCACAUGGGCCCCUGCAAGGGCAAGCUCAGGCACCUCAGCAACUACAUGGGGCAGCUCAGGUGUUCACGCCACUACAGGCUCAGGUUAAGGCUAAGGCAUCUAGGCCUCUGCACAUGCAGAUUAAGGCAUCUCCACUGCUACGGAGGGCAGCCCAGAUGCUCAUGCCACUACAGUCUCAGGGUAAGUUAGACGUACAGGCCCAACGGCAGGAUCAAGCCCAGUCACAAACCCAGGAAUUCAAACAACCUCAAGACCUGGACCAGGUUCCAGAGGAAUUGCAAGGGCAAGAUCAGAUACCUGAACAAGAACAAGGACAAGGUCAGGCUGCUGAACAGCAGCAGAGACAGAACCAGGUUCCUGAACAACAUCCAGAGCAGAACCAGGAACCCGAACACCCAGAGGUACAGGCCAAUGAACCUGCACAAGCAGAGAAUGAGGCAGAACCUGAGCCAUUAAGGGUACAUGCCCAGGUAUUCCUGCCCCUACUGUCACAGAGCCACCACGUGCUGUUGCCACUACAUUUGGAUACUCAGGAGCUCAUUCCAGUAGGAGAGCCAACAAGAGCAUCACCUCAGGCACACAACUGGACACCAGAGCCCUUACAAGCAGUUAACUCCAUCCAAGCACUGAUAGAUGGACUAGCAAAUGACCUGCUUCGAGCACCAGACUCGCAUAGCUCAAAGCCACUUGGCCUACUGCAAACUCUGAUGGAAAACCUGGCAUCAGAUGUGUUUUAUUCUCAACCAGAACAGUCAGGGAAAAAAAAAUCCAAGGUUUCUAGUCUAAAGAAGGCACUUGCAAAAAGAUUGUCAGCAAAGAGGUUCAGGGCAAAGUCAUCAACUGGAGAACUUGGAGACUUGUAUUUAAAAGCCCGGAGGAACAGGCGCCGGUGCAGACAGGAAGGAAGAUUUAACCAGCAUGAGGAGGAUUUGAGACAAUUUGAGAAUGACAAAGAUGAAGAGUCAUCAGAUAAUGGCGAAGUUUUCCAUUCAGUUCAGGCAGAAGUCCAAAUGGAGCCAGUGCAGCCACCCAUUCGAAAUCCUCCAGAAAAUGAGAUGCAAGACAGAUCUGCUUCCAUGCCUGCCAACAAGAAUUGCACACACCAUGUCAAGUUCCAUUCAAGUGUCCCUCAACCAUCUCUUUUGGAACAAGCACAGAAUCCCAUUGAUAUCAGAGGAAGGAGCCAGCAAAAUCCUCAGAAAUUUCAAGCAGCAUCAGAAUCUUCUGAGAAGAGUCCUGUGACUGGGAGGAGGUCCCAGUCAUCACCGCCUUAUUCUACUAUUGAUCAGAAGUUGCUGGUUGAUAUUCAUAUUCCACACGGAUUUAAAGUAGGAAAAAUAUCACCCCCUGUGUACUUGACAAAUGAAUGGCCAGGCCAUAACUCAGUUCCCGAUGUCUUCUGGAAUGAUUGGUUAAGUCCUGAAUCUGUCCUUGAGCCACCUGAGGAGAAUGGUGAAUAUGUGGAACUCUAUGACACUGCUGCUGAUACCGAUGGUGGUGAAGGUGUUUCUAAUGAUGUUUAUGAAGAUUCCUAUGGCCAUUCUAAUAGCAAUGAAGAUUUGGAUAAACAGGUUGCUCAGGAAAAGGAUGUCUGUGAAGACCAUGCUGUUGAGAACAACAUUGAUGAGUCUGUUGAUAGCAUAGAUAAAAAUCAUGUUGGUGCUAAUUGUUCAAGGGCAAACUGUGAUAAAGAUGGAAGCUGCAAGCAAGAUGGCAGUGAUGGAAAAGAUGAUACCUGUAGAGGCUCUAGCAGUAGAAGCCUUGGAAGAAGUGCUACUAGUGGAGGCAGUGAAGCCAUUGGAGAUCAGGAAAGACUUGGAGAUGACAUAGGAAGUGAAAGAGGUACCAGGAGUAAAGGAAGUAAGAGAGUCAGUGGCAUCAAUGAAGAGAACAGUGCAUUUGGACCCAAUCAAGGAAAAAAACACUCAGACGCAGAUGCUACAGGUUUGGAGAGAUCCAAAUUACAGAGUUUUGAACAUCAACAGGAGGAGCUAAAUGAUGGAAGUGAUGGCUCAAACUCUACUGCCUCAGAUGUUGCAUCCCCUGAACUAGAUUAUGAAGAUGGUCAUACAGACACAUCAGAAUCAUCGACACAGUUGGAUGCUUUUGCCAAUAACUCAUCUCCUUCCAAAGGUUCCGGGGUGACUGCUAAUGCUGACUUUGCCUGUGCCAUCUUAUAUGCUGGAUUCAUGGAAGUACCUGAAAAAUCAACUAAGAGAACCUUUGAAGUCAAUGUUAAUCCACCUUGUGUCUCUUCUACAUGUAAAAAACCACUAAUUCACAUGUAUGAAAAAGAAUUCACUUCUGAGAUCUAUUGUGGUUCCUUGUGGGGAGUCAAUUUGCUGCUGGGAACCAGAUCUAAUCUGUGUCUACUGGACAGAAGUGGAAAAGCAAACAUUACUAAACUCAUAAAGCGAAGACCAUUCCACCAAAUUCAAGUUAUAGAGUCACUCAAUUUGCUGAUUACCAUCUCUGGUCACAAGAAUCGACUUCGCCUGUAUCAUUUGACGUGGCUGAGGAACAAGAUUUUGAAUAAUGAUCCAGAAAGUAAAAAACGGCAGCAAGAAAUGCUGAAGACAGAGGAAACUUGCAGGGCUAUUGAUAAGUUGACUGGCUGUGAACACUUCAGUGUCCUCCAACUUGAAGAAACAACAUAUAUAGCAAUUGCUUUGAAAUCAUCAAUUCACCUUUAUGCAUUGGCGUCAAAGUUCUCAGAUGAAAGCACUGCUGUUAAAGUGAUAUGCUUCAAGAAGUUAGUAGACUGUAAAGGACCUUACAUGCCUUAUGAAAGUUAUAUACAAGUAAUGGCAAAAAUACAGCUGGCUAAUCCAGAGGAGUAUCUUCAUUUUUUGAAGCUUCAGGUGUUUCCAACUCUUAAUCAUAAGCCAGUGACAGUUGAUCUGUCUCUUGGUUCUGAGAAAAAACUAAAGAUUUUCUUCAGCUCCGAAAAUGAAUAUCAUAUCAUUGAUGUAGAAUCUGAAGUAAUAUCUGAUGUGAUCCUGCCACGUAACCUCCCGGGAAUCAUUAUAUUACAGAAUAUCAUCAUUUUACCUGAGUCUUUGGGAAUUGGCAUGAUGCUCACUUUCAAUGCUGAAGCUCUUUCUGUGGAAUCAAAUGAACAACUUUUCAAGAAAAUUCUUGAAGUAUGGAGAGACAUACCAUCUUCUGUAGCUAUUGAAUGUACACAGCGGACCACAGGAUGGGGCCAGAAAGCCAUUGAAGUGCGUUCUUCUCAAUCAGAGGUUCUGGAAAGUGAGAUGAAUGCCAGGUCAAUCAAGAAGCUGAGAUUUCUGUGUAUCCGAGGUGACAAGCUGUUCUUUACCUCUGUCCUGCAUAAUGGCCACAGCCGGGUAUAUUUUAUGACCCUGGGAAGACUCGAAGAGCUCCAGAGCAAUUAUCCUGUUUAAAAGAUUCCAAGAUUUGUUGUACACGUACAAACAUCAUAUAUAUGCUACUACUUCUUCAUUUUUCUGAGAUUAAAUGCUGUUUUAUUAUUAAAGAAAUAUAAAUCAGAAACAACUUUUAAUGUAGCACAGAAUACUUUUAAUGAGAAAUGCAGCUUUAUAUAUAAAAUUUACUAUAGCAAUCUUUAUGUACUCCAAUGGUGUACAGUAUCUUUUGCACAAACUUUGUAAC